UAACCAUAAAGCACAGUUAUUAUAGUAUUUGUGAUUGUUUUAUGAUUUUCUAUACAAGUAUGGUGAUUGAAUACGCUCAGGAUUAACAGCUGCUUAAAACUAUCGCUCACCUCUGAACAGUAACCUUAAAAAUGAUUUGUUUACUAUUGCGCCAGUCGCGUAAUUAUUCCUGUCGCUUUAUAUACAAGCCAGUUCUUAAAUCAUCAGUAUACAGAGUGAACAGAGCACUACACUCGACACCAUGGCUGCGGCAUGGCGAGUACGAAUGGCAAGAUCCGAAGUCACCAGAUGAAAUCGUAAAUAUAACCUACGUAGACAAGGACGGAAAGCGCUUCAAGGUACAGGGCAAGGUGGGUGAUAACGUGCUUUAUCUGGCGCACCGGCAUGGCAUUGAAAUGGAGGGCGCCUGUGAAGCAUCUCUGGCUUGUACCACCUGUCAUGUCUAUGUGCAGAAUAGGUAUCUGGAUAAGCUAAACGAGGCGGAUGAAAAGGAGGACGAUCUGCUGGACAUGGCGCCCUUCCUUCGUGAAAAUUCCCGCCUCGGCUGUCAAAUAAUGCUCGACAAAUCUAUGGAGGGCAUGGAGCUAGAGUUGCCCAAAGCUACGCGAAACUUUUACGUUGAUGGGCAUAAGCCCAAGCCCCACUAAAAGUACGCUUUAACAAUUAUUGUUUAUAAAUAAAAACAAAUAUAAUUUUAAUAGUUGAUUGUGUUCC